UUGCGUAGUGAAUGUCAAACUUUCGUGGGUGGUUGUCUUUGUUUACCAUUAGGAAAUUAUUUUUGGAGCACCCAAAAAUGCUUCAAAAUGUGUGCCGGGUUUGCGCAAGCAGCACUGACAACUCGAAUUCCCUCAAGCUGUUCACCAGCAGUUCGCGGAAAGCACUGCAGCAAAUAAAUUUACUCACCGGCGUUCUACUGCAAUGCCAGCCGGAUUUUCCCGACUGGAUGUGCGAGUCCUGCCAAUCGGACCUCGCAAGUGCCAUUGCCUUUCGUGAGCGUUGUCUGAGCAGCCAAAAGAUAUUCGAGGAGUCAUCGUCAUGUGUAAACCGCCGCCGCCGCAGUGCCCGCUCCCAAAAGCGGCGCCAUGAGUACCCCGAUCCCCAGACGCCGGCCAGUCCCCUACAGGUCAUGAUCAAGCUGGAGGGUCUUAGCGAUGGCGACGAGGAGAACGACGGUAAUGAUGAUGGCAUAGAUCAUUUAGACUCCUGCAACGAGGCUGACAUGGAGCAGGCCGUCAAGGAAAUGACUUCCUCGAAUGAAGAAGAAGACGAAGAAUCCUCCUCGCCUGCCAGAGUGAAAAGAGCCCGUCGUCGUGGUCCGCCCAAGAAGAGUAGGACCGAGAAAAGUGAAAAGCGUCCCAAGGUCCCGCUAACGGUCUUUUUCUGUGAUCAAUGUGGCAACAACAUCACCGGCAAGUCCUCCUUCGAUCGGCACUUGCGCAAGCACAGCGGAAUCAGGCCCUUUCAGUGCGAACUCUGUCCCGCCCGUUUCCUUUCGUCCGGUGAGCUGAAAGGUCACCAGGUGAUGCACACAGGGGACCGUAAAUUCCCCUGCCGCUACUGUGACCGCACCUAUGUCAAUUACAGCGGACGGCUACGGCACGAGCGGACCCACACCAACGAUCGACCCUUUGUCUGUGCCACAUGCGGCAAGGCGUUUACAAAUUCCUAUAUUCUCAAAAAUCACAUGCUCAUCCACACCGGCGAGCGCCUCUUCAGAUGCGAGCUGUGUCAGCGUUCCUUUGCGCGUCCGACCCACUUGAAGACCCAUUACCGAUCCAAUGCUCACAAACACAACGUGGAGAAGUCAAAGGUUGAACCGUCCCAGUCGGAACAGGGUGAAUCAGUGCCUCACCGAGGGGAGAUAGAGCCGGAUGCUAUAGCCUUUACAAUAGAAGUGCCUUUGCCCGUGGAACAGGAGCAGCAGGAUGCAACUUUGGAUCUGGCCGCUUUAGCGUCGACCCCGUUGGUGUAUAGUACAAAUUAGAGCCUAGAACCAAUCUCAACCACAAGAAACAAAGCCAAAUAUAAUUUAAAAGUA